AUGGCGGUCAGAAAACCGCUUAAGGCGUUCACUACGCCGUUUGGCUCUGGUGCUGGUAUGUCAAAGGAAAAUCGUCCGCCUCCAGUCAAAGAUUCUGAAGCCCGUUUGGCCAGACCAUUUAAAGUGCCAUUUGCCAAUCUGACUAAUACCGCUGGCAAUGGCCACAGCGUAUUGAGAGUUCCCGAACGAAAAGCUCGACAGGCUAUACAUAGUUAUGCUGAAGGUGAAAAUGGAGUCAUUGUAAUCGACGACGAUUUAGACCCGUCAGUAAAUGCCAAUAAUCAACUUGUGGCAAGAAAGAGAAAAGGAGCAUUACUACUGCGUUCAAUGUUAAAGGGAGACAUCGUAACAAAGAAUGAGCAGAGGUUCAAGCGGCAUUUUGCUGUGCCUUUUGCUAAAAAUAACGAGAAGAAAGACCUCAUAGACUUAUCCAGUUCACCGCCUCCACUUGGAACGCGUCGAAAAGUGGUGGUGCCGCCUCGAGCACUCCAUGAUCCCACCAGUGAGUUUGCCAUAGUGUUGUACGAUCCUACGGUUGAUGUGAUUCCGAAAAUUGAGGACGAAAUCAAAGAAGAGUCGAUAUCUCCGCCACCUGAAUCGGAAGGUGAACCUCCUAAAAAGAAGAGACGGCCAGAGAAGUCACUUGCGGAAAUCUUGGGCAUUUGUAAAACUCCAGACUCGGCAACAAAGUACCCUGAUGUUCCGGUUGUCAUUGACCCAAGACUUGCAAAGAUUCUUCGACCUCAUCAAGUCGCAGGUGUGAAGUUUCUCUACCGAUGCACCGCAGGAUUGUUGGAUCCUCGAGCAAAAGGUUGUAUUAUGGCCGAUGAAAUGGGGUUGGGGAAAACUCUUCAAUGUUUAGCAUUAAUGUGGACCUUGCUUCGACAAAGCCCUCGUGGAAAAAAGACAAUCGAAAAGUGCAUUAUUGUUUGUCCAUCGUCGCUUGUUCGCAACUGGGCAAAUGAAAUUAUCAAGUGGCUAGGAGAAGGUGUAUUGACCCCAUUAGCAGUUGAUGGAAAGAGUACGAAGGCUGCAGAUUUGGGCCAAGCACUUCAACAAUGGUCCGUGGCAUCGGGAAGAAAUGUUGUUAGACCGGUUCUCAUCAUCUCUUAUGAGACCUUGAGAAGAAAUGUCGAUAAGCUAGCGGGAACAGAGGUAGGACUUAUGUUGGCUGACGAGGGCCAUCGACUCAAGAAUGGGGACUCCUUAACAUUUACGGCACUUAAUUCACUUCGGUGUGACAGAAGAGUCAUCUUGAGUGGAACACCUAUACAGAAUGAUUUGUCUGAGUAUUUUUCUUUGUUGAACUUCGCCAACCCUGGUUAUCUCGGUACUAGAAACCAAUUCAAAAAGAACUUUGAGAAUAUCAUUUUGAGAGGAAGAGAUGCCGACGCAACCGAUGAUGAAGUUAAGAAAGGUGAAGAGAAAUUGGCUGAGUUGUCUCAGCUUGUAUCAAAAUUCAUUAUCAGACGAACCAACGACAUCUUGUCUAAGUACUUACCAGUGAAGUAUGAAUAUGUCGUGUACGUUGGAUUAUCUCCCUUCCAACGAGCAUUGUAUGAACACUUUAUCACAUCAGAAUCCAACAGUGCUCUUCUCAGAUCUCAGCCUUUGAAAGCUAUUGACAUGUUGAAAAAGCUUUGUACGCAUCCAGAUUUAUUGGAAUUACCUGGUGAUAUUCGGGGCUGCAGAGAACUAAUACCAGAAGAAUAUGAGAGCCUGGAAGGCGGCGGACGUGGUAAAGAGAUCCAAACAUGGUUCAGUGCCAAGUUUUCUGUUCUCGAACGAUUUUUGCAUCAGAUUCGAAUUGAAACAAACGACAAAAUUGUCAUUAUCUCAAACUACACAAGGACUUUGGAUUUGAUAGAGAAGAUGUGCCGUUACAAAAGGUAUGGGUCGCUUCGACUUGAUGGAACUAUGACGAUUAAUAAGAGACAAAAAAUUGUUGACAAGUUCAAUGAUCCUGAAGGACCGGAGUUCAUUUUUCUCUUGUCAUCCAAAGCAGGUGGAUGUGGAAUCAACUUAAUUGGUGCAAACAGAUUGGUGUUGAUGGACCCUGAUUGGAAUCCAGCCGCAGACCAACAGGCAUUGGCAAGAGUUUGGAGGGAUGGGCAAAAGAAAGAUUGCUACAUUUACAGAUUUAUCUGUACUGGUACAAUUGAGGAGAAAAUCUUUCAACGUCAGUCUAUGAAACUUUCUCUUUCGUCGUGUGUUGUUGAUGAAAAAGAGGAUGUUGAGAGAAUUUUCAGUGGCGACAUGUUGAAGAUGCUUUUCCAAUACCGUUCAGAUACGCAGUGCGAUACUCAUGACACUUACAAUUGCAAAAGGUGCUCAAAGGAAAAGGGGCAAAUUGCCAAGGCUCCCGCAAUGCUUUAUGGAGAUGCAACUACUUGGAAUCAUUUGAACAACAAUGCAUUGAAAGAUAAUGAAGACUCAUUAUUGAGAACCGAAUCCAAUUUUGAUGAUAUUUCGUUUGCGUUCCAGUACAUCUCACAUUUACUGUAA